UUUGGGUUUCAUACUUAAGGAACAAUUCCCUAUUCCAGUGAUAUCUGCACGAGGGACGUUGGUGUGUGCAGACUCUCUACUUGCUGAAGGAAUAUGGCAACAACUGACUCAGCCUAUGACCUAACCACAGACUAUUAUACCUAUGACGAUGAUUAUGAGGAUGAAGUGUGCAACAUAUCAAGCAUCGUUCAGUUUGGAGCAACCUUGACUCCAGUGGUCCUCUCCAUUGUGGUCAUCCUCAGUCUGUUUGGCAACAUCCUGGUCAUCGUGAUUCUGGCAAAGUAUGAGAAUCUCAAAUCUCUCACCAACACUUUGAUCCUAAACCUGGCCAUAUCGGAUCUCUUCUUCACCGCAGGUCUGCCCUUCUGGGUCUACUAUCACAUGUACGGAUGGACUUUAGGGCAACUUGCAUGCCAGAUAGUCAACUUUUUCUUCUACGUUGGUUUCUACAGCAGUGGGAUCCUCCUCAUCCUGAUGACUGCUCACCGUUAUGUAGCCGUCAUGAAUCCUCUGUCUGACAUUGUCUCCACCACAGGCUCCUACAGUGUUAUGGCGUGUGUGAUCAUCUGGGCAGUGAGUAUAUUGAUUGCCAGUCCAACCUUCGCCUUUACCAAAGGCGACCAGAAUCACUGUGUGUGUGAAAAUUCUUUCUGGUGCUUAUGGGGAAUCUACCAGCAAAAUGCUCUCUUCAUUGUGAGUUCAGUGGUGUUUAUUUUCUGCUAUUCUCAGAUCAUCUGCAGGUUGCUGCGGCCUACUGCUCGAAGAAGAAAGAGCAAAACUUUAAAACUCAUUUUUGCCCUUAUGGUUGUUUUCUUUGUCGGCUGGGGACCUUUUAAUAUAGUGAUAUUUCUAAAGUCAUUUAAUUACUGGCCCAAAACAUCUGUUGACUCAAAGAAUCUAUCGGAAAAUUGUGAAUCAUCAAAGCCUCUCAAAUACGCCUUUUACAUUAGCCGACUUCUGGCCUUUUCACACUGCUGCCUCAACCCUGUGUUUUAUGUGUUUGUGGGGGUUAAAUUCAAAAACCACCUGAAGAAAAUGCUGAAGGGCUGGGGACAAAGCAACAAUGGCUUACGCAAUAGGCAUAGCCGACUUACAAUUACAUCCAUAACAAGUGGUGAGGAAUUUUCUAUUUAGUUGAUAUGGAGAGCAGAGGUGAAACCCGAACUUCUAAACCAGAAAAGAGAACAUCUAAAAUCCUAUUGACAUUUGUAAAUGUAUACUGUAUGGAACAAAUAGAAAACAAUCCUGGCUUGUUGUAGUAUUUGUCAUGGAUCUAGUGAUAUUGUUGUGAUUUCUGUUUUAAGUGACCUUUAAUUAACACCAUUUCCCACAAGCCCUAUAUCUUUGGGAAUUUCAUUCACAGGAAGAGAAAGAAAAUGUAUUUGUAUAUUACUUUGAGUGAGUUCACUAUGAGAUGGCCCUUCCUUAAAAGAAAACACAUAACCAAACAGAUAUACACUGAAGAGUCAUUUCUGCUAUCACUUGCAGAUAAGCGCUGAACACAAAUCAAUCUGAACAAGCUCAUCUAAUAUAGUAAACAGGGUAAGCAUUGUCCCUGCUAAACAUUAGGGUGUUUGACUUGUCAUUUAGUGUAGCAGGCUGACUAACUCUGCUUUGACUAUAGGUACAUGGUGCCGGAUUCCAUUUUGUAUUAUUUAGUCAACAUCUUCAUCCCCCUGAUUGACACAAACAAUAAUUCAACAAUCAAACUGCACAUCGGUCUAUUGAGUUCACAGAUAAUCCUGCAAAAACAAAAAGCCAACUCUCCUGGCUUAUUACUAAGAGAGGUCAGAGGAGAAUAAAGUGGUGCAAGCUGACAGAAAGGUGGCAGUAAUUUAAAUGCUAAAGUUUGAGGGCAUACAGCAGACGGAGAACACACAGGUUUUACUCCUGGCUCACAGAAACUGGAGAGAAGAUUUCAAAAACAGCGCCUGUUCUGACAAAUCUCCAUGUCUGCUGCUGGUCAGAAUUUGGCGUGACUCGUGAAUAACAGGAAGCCAUGGAUCCAUCCUGCAUUGAGUCAACGGUUCAGGCUGGUGGUGCAAUGCUCUCUGGAAUAUUUUGUUGGCACAUGUUGGGCCCUUACACACCAACUGAACACUGUUUGAAUACCAGCAGUAUAAGCAGUCAUAUCCCAGAGUAGACGUUGUCUCGAAUGUGUUGUAAUAAACCCAUUGACUCUGUAAGAAAAUGAAUUGUUCCAAGCAUUAUAGGUAAUCUACAAUAUCUAACCAUACUUUUUAACAAAAUCCGCUUAUUUGAUCUUUUAAUAUCUAAUCAAACUAUGUGAAAUCAAGUUCUUAUUGAAACAUUGAUCAUAGAUUACUGUACAUUAUACUGCAUAUAAUAUGUGAUACACUGUGUUUUCACUGCAUUUUAUUUUAUGUUUUCCUAUUAAACAAUUUAUGUCA